AACGGCCAGUUCCGCUGGAGCCGGAUGGAACAGCUGGUGCGCGAGGGCAGUAAGAGCCGCGACUUCGACGCCUCCCAGCUCUGGCUGCUGGCCGAGUGGAUGGUCUCCCCCACGGCCGAGGGCGUGCGCGACCCACUGGUCGCGGAGCUGUCCCGCAUCGUGGACGCGAUGGCAGUGGGCGACGCGCGGCGGCGGCUUGCGGCCAGCCUGGGCAGCGAUGCGUCGGCGGCGGCGCUGCUGCCAGAAGGAGCGCAGGAGGGCGUGGCGAGGCAGCGGGGGGAGAUGCUGGCGGGGGUGAUCGCGAAGCGCAUGGGGGCCCUGAGGCCCAGGCUAGAGGGCAGCGGGCCCCUGGGCCUGCCCCUCCCCAGGGACCUGCAGCAAGCGCAGGAGGCCAUCAUGGCCCAGGUGCAGAACACGGCGCCCAGGCUGUACCGCCUGCUGACUCAACCGGGCGCCAUCGACAUGGUGGCCAAACUGGGGUCACAGAUCGGCCGGCGGUUCGCAGCUCGGUCCAUCAAAUUCGUGCUGGGCAGCCAGGAUCUGCAGUCAGGGGCCUCAAGGCCCAG